AUGACGAGUGGAGGUGCGUUUUAUCCCUAUUUCAGUAAGUUUUACCUUUCUUUUGUACCUUUUAUUACGACCCUUUGACUUUUUCUUAUCUCUGCUUACCGUAACCCCUUGGUCUAUUUUUGAAACAAAAUUUAAAUCCAAGAAGCCAUUUUGAUCCUUUUACAAGUAGAAAUACUCUCAGUACAUGACGGCCAUGACUUUUACAUUGCCCUUACUCUGUUAUUUUAUUAUUUUUAAAUGCGUGUCAGGCCAAUUGCUUAUACAAACUCACAUCAAAGUCGGUUUAUUGAUGACGAAUACUGAUAAGUAUUACAAUUAUUACAGUAAGAACAGGCUUAGUCAAACUAUAAUUUUUUUUUCUUUAAUUCAGAUGUCAUGUGUAAAAUGAUUUAACUUUCUUUUUCUCCGGUCUAUUUCCAGGUUAUGAUCGAUGCAUUGGCGGAUUAAAUGUUGCAUUAGAUCGGAUUGUGCAAGAGAAAUUGCUGCCAAAUUAUAACUUUACGUUCACCAUAAAAGACGAUGAUUGUAAAGAAACGUUGGCCGCGGGAAGAGCGGCCGAAUUAAUCGAAAAUGAUCAAGUUGAUGUCAUCAUAGGCCCUAUUUGCAGUGAGCGUAAGUAUCUUUGCGUCUGCAGUUACCAAGAUGUGCUCAAGGUGUGACGAUUAGACCUUAUUUUAGACAAUACUUAUUGUUAGGUUAGAGUUUGAUCAGACACGUGUUUUUUUGCUCGACUUUUUUGCAAAUCACAUCGUUUUUCAUGAGAAAACCAGCAGAGUCAAAUGCAAACUCGGAAUAUCACGGGAAGGGAAAUUGGGAAACUUCCGUAGCUUCCGCGUGUGACUGAAUGCCCGGUCGAUUUAAUAGUAUAAUUUUUGAAGAAACCAUUCGAAUUUUCUUGCAAUUUCGGCAUGGAGGUCACUUUCUCUGUUAACGCUAGAAAGUCAUCAUUGUCAAGAGUUUGCAAAAUUCACAGAAAAUCAAAUUAUUUGCAAGCGUUUCUGAGAUUAAUCUGUUAGGUCUGCAAACCGAGAUCAGUAGAAAUGUGCAUGGCCAUUCUAAUAAAGUGUCGAUGAGUUAUGCACGGCAUUCUGUACUUUUGGGACACAACCGGUCUCCGCGACUUUUUCAAUUUUUUUCGAAGUGCGCUUGCUUUUUAUCUCCAUAUAUGGGAGGUGCUUUAUAAAUUUCAGCGCGCUAGUCCAUCCCAACCCCGCGGAUUUAGUCCAAAGUUAAAAGUUCACGAAAAAGGGGGAGGGGAGGAGGAGCCGACAGGGAAAGGCAGAAAUUUUUACAAAGAGAGAAAUUGCGCAACGUUAUGUAAGAUUGCGCAACUUUUAACUUUGGACUAAAUCCGCAGGGUUGGGAUGGACUAGCGCGCUGAAAUUUAUAAAGCACCUCCCAUAUAUGGAGAUAAAAAGCAAGCGCACUUCGAAAAAAAUUGAAAAAGUCGCGGAGACCGGUUGUGUCCCAAAAGUACAGAAUGCCGUGCAUAACUCAUCGACACUUUAUUAGAAUGGCCAUGCACAUUUCUACUGAUCUCGGUUGCAUAUCUCGCUAGCCGUUUGCGCUAGAAGGCUGAAAUUUGGUAUGGCAGUAGAGUAAAAAGCUGGCUUUCAGAAAAUAUAAAUAUUGUAAGGAACCCCGCAGCAUAAACUUCCCAAUGACAAUUGAAAAAAUCUCAUUUUUAAAACUUCUGCAACCCAGAAGUGCAGGUUGCAUGAUCGUAUUGACAAAUUUCUUCAUGUCUAUGUGUGUCAAAUUCGAUUCUCUACAAGAUGGCCAAAUUUCAUCUUAUUCGUUACGUUACGAGCUGAGUUAUGAUUAACAUCACAGUGCUUUUUUUGGUACUUUAAGGAUAAUUCGGCCCUUAGGGCAUCUACAAACCAAAUCCGCCAGCCGAAUUAUUCAAUAUGCUCGUAAGUAUGAUCCUACCAAGUUUCGUUCUUCUAGCUCGAAAAAUGGCAACGUUAUUCGCAUAAUUCUUCCUUCAAUGGUUAAACCUUGAGUCUGGGUCGGAAGAAGGCUUGGAAGUCUUCAUUGCGAGUUUCUCCGCCAAGCGUCAGGUUUCUAAGUGGUAUUCAUACCUUGAACAUUAUUGUCAAGUAGAAAAUUUAAACACCCGGGGCUUAGCCAUUGAAAGAAGAACUAUGCGAAUAACGUUGCCAUUUUUCGAGCUAGAAGAACAAAACUUGGUAGGAUCAUACUUACGAGUAUAUUGAAUAAUUCGGCUGGCGGAUUUGGUUUGUAGAUGCCCUAAGGGCCGAAUUAUCCUUAAAGUACCAAAAAAAGCACUGUGAUGUUAAUCAUAACUCAGCUCGUAACGUAACGAAUAAGAUGAAAUUUGGCCAUCUUGUAGAGAAUCGAAUUUGACACACAUAGACAUGAAGAAAUUUGUCAAUACGAUCAUGCAACCUGCACUUCUGGGUUGCAGAAGUUUUAAAAAUGAGAUUUUUUCAAUUGUCAUUGGGAAGUUUAUGCUGCGGGGUUCCUUACAAUAUUUAUAUUUUCUGAAAGCCAGCUUUUUACUCUACUGCCAUACCAAAUUUCAGCCUUCUAGCGCAAACGGCUAGCGAGAUAUGGAGAUAAAAAGCAAGCGCACUUCGAAAAAAAUUGAAAAUGUCGCGGAGACCGGUUGUGUCCCAAAAGUACAGAAUGCCGUGUUAUGUAAUCGAUGUACAGUAUAUAAUAUGUAUAAAAAAAUUCUUUCAGACUGGCAGUUUUUUUGACCAUGACUGUAGCAUGUUUUGUUGUAUUAUUUAUGCAACAGUUAAUUUUAUUCGAAAUUGCCACAAUACGUUCUACUAAAUAGCUUUAAUAUGACAUAUAACUUACCUUUCGAAUUUUGACACAACCUGCAAUAUCACACAAAUGAAAGAGGUGACUUUUUUUGACAGCCACUGUAUCGUACCUGCAAGUUAAAAUAACUAAAGUAGACUCUCAAAGCCGCACCUCCAUCGAUUUGCCUAAAAGACAAUCUCGAGACCAAUAUUGAUACUAUCAUAACAAAGGAAUAAACUUCUUCACGGAAUGACAUCAUUCCUUUCCUUUUCCAGCUGCAAUAAUCGUUGGCGCUUUAUCAAAGUUUUACAACGUCCCGAUGAUUAACUGGGGUGCGGCGUCAGCGACUGUUCUGGCCAACACAACCUAUCGUUUCACCACCUCCCUCAACGUUGUGGGACCCACAAUGACGUAUGUAACUACAAAAUAAACAUUGCAACACUUGUGUUGUUCGCUUUCCAAAGGUUCAGUUGGUAUGAGUAACAAGAUUUCAGUGUUGCCCAAGGAUUUAUUCAGCUACUCAUCGAGUUAAAUUGGAAUCGAUUUGCUUUUCUGUACGCGGAGAGCCAAACAAAGAGGUGUGGAUACCUGAGGGAUGAUGUCUUGUCCAUUUUGGCUCAACCCGAUAUCGAUAUUUCCUUAUCUUAUUACCGAGAAGUCAAUACAUCUGAUGUAGUCUCGUUGAAUCAGACAUUUACUCAGCUGGAGAACACCGCCAGAGGUGAUUAUUUUAAAAAAAUGUAUAUACUUUUUAGUGACAUUCCUUUGCUUCACCAGCGAUCUGGACAAGAUCACAAUGCUGGACGCCUUAGGCAAUCACGGGCUUAUUACUAAUCCCGACUUUGUUUUUGUGAUCGUCGAACAAAGAGGAAAUGGAUUCUGUAAGCCGGGAUAUAAUUUUGAUAUAGAAUUUUUUUGGGUUACGGUAAUUAUUGAAACUUUGAUACACAAGUUUGUUAUUCGUCCGAAACUUUUUUGAUUACUGAACUUUUUAGAUAUUUGCUUGGAUUACUGUAGUUUUUUAUUUUUAGAUAUGCCUGCUUAUGACCUUGGAAAUAAUGCUUCGUACGACAGUUACAUUCCCUUGUAUCAACACCCAAAUGUGACGGAUCAACAGAGAAUGAAGGAAUAUCUGAGCCGGAUAUUCUUUUUCGAUCUCGCGAUUCCCGUUACUUUGAGGGAUCAAUUUGAAGAAUCAGUCAAAGAAAAAGUUGCUGGAUUCCCUUUUUAUUGCACUACUUGUGAGGCUGUAAGUAAUAUUAUUUUGAUUACUCGUUGAUUGUUUAAUUUUUAGGUCGGAAGUGGGGCUGCCUCCCUGUCAGACGCUCUAUAUUUAUACGCGAUUGCUCUUAAUGCAACCUUAAGUGAUCCAAAUGUUGAUCUCCACAAUAAUUCUAACAUCUUUGCUCCUCCAAACAUGCGUCUCGGAGAGCAAAUAACUCGGGCUGCAGCCAAUAAGACGUUCGAUGGAGCCACAGGCAAAGUCAUGAUGGACAACUACUCAAGGAGAAUUAAUAUCUUUGCAUUCACAAGUCUUACUGAUAAUUAUACGAUGAGAAGUUACUAUCAAAUCAUUGCCAGUACUGAGAAUGCAGUGAGCAGUCCCCUUUCAUCCGCUUUAACUUGAUUUUUAGACAGUAAUGGAGACUAAUAACACUGUCUACGCCUGGGAAAAGUGGGGGAAUAAACAGCCUCUGGCAAUUCCCAAAUGUGGAUUCGAUGGAUUACUUUGUCCUGCGUCUGUUUUAGCAACUUAUGGGGGAUAUAUUUAUGCGGCGAUUGCAAUUAUAGCAGCAGCAGCCAUCGGGACAACAACAUAUCUCAUAAGGUCAGUGAUGACAAUUAACACAACGUAAAAUUCAUACAUAUUAUUCCUUUCCAGAGGUCAAUACCUCGAGUACAAACGUUUGAAUGCAGCCUGGCAAAUCAAGACAGAGGAAUUAUAUUCCCCAGACGAGAAGAGUUCGGAUACUCGGUCCCUCCCUCAGUCCAUCCAUUCACAUUCAAAUCCAUCGAUUAUUCGAAAACCGGAGAGCGAAUAUUACGCCUUCUUUUUGCAUAACAAUGAACCAGUAGCUGCGCGAAAGUUCAAGUCUAAAAUCGUGAUCCAAGCACGAAAUCGUGCGGAGUUCAGAAUGGUAUGUUACCAACAUGUUAUAAAAAUCAUACAUACAAAUAAUAAAGCAAUAUAAAAAUAAUAUAGAUGCGCCAAAUCGACAACAACAAUCUGGCCAAGUUCCUGGGUCUCUGCACCGACGGAUCUCAAUUUCUCUCCAUCUGGAGAUUCUAUCACCGUGGAUCUAUUAAGGAUAUUAUUGCUGCGGGCAGUUUUGCCAUUGACGGGGUAUUUAUGACGUCAUUGGUGAGGGAUAUCAUCACUGGUCUUCAUUUCAUCCAUCAUAGCAGUCUCCAUUGCCAUGGUCAUCUCAAUUCUUCCAACUGCUUGGUCGAUGAGAGAUGGGUUGUGAAGAUCUCGGAUUACGGUAUCUUAGAUUUGCUUCAGCAGGAACCAAUUAGCAGCAAAAGUAGGCUUGACCGACGCAUACUAUAAUUUGAUAACAGGCGGGCCGGACUAUAGGUUGUGAGAGCCUGUAGUCUGGCCCUGUUUGGCAAGCCCAACCCUUAUGUUUAAUGUUUUUUAUCCCUUCAGAACUUUUGUACCUUGCACCAGAACAACUCCGAAAGCCGCUUCAUCCGUUAAAAGAUGGGGUCCAUCGAUCUGCGGAUAUCUACAGCUUCUCCAUGGUGGCUACUGAGAUCAUAAACAGGCAUCCGCCAUGGGACACCAACAACAAUCAAGUGGAAGAUCCGGACGAGAUAGUGUAUCUGCUGAAGAGACGGCGAGAUGUCCCCAUCAGACCGAUCAUUGACAUUUCGUCGAUCACGGAUCUCUCCCAUAACAUUGUAACCGAAUUUUUGUUUUUUUUUUAUUUGGUUUGUUUUGUAUUUCAGCCUACUCUAAUUCAAGAUUGUUGGAAUGAAGAUCCCACUGUUCGACCAACAACUGGCCAAAUCCAAACAAUCUUAAAAAACAUGGUAAAUAAGAACCAAAGCCUGAUGGAUCAUGUAUUCCAAGUCCUCCAAAACUAUAUGAAUACUCUUCAAGAAGAGGUGGAAAGCAGGACGAAGGCCUUGAUGGAGGAAAAGAAACGAUCAGAUGUUCUACUUUAUCGCCUUCUCCCAAGAUAA